AUGGGCAUCGAGGAUAAGCUCAUUAGCUACAGUAUGCUAACGGUGUUUUUAACGUUCAGUAUUUUUAAACUCGGGAAAGCACAAGAUAUAGGUUCACUUCCGCGCCAAAUCGAGUGCUUCUCCUGUAUGUCCUUAUCGUAUCAAACCAGCUGGAAAUAUCUGCAGAGUAUCUACAUCUAUCCAAAGGUAUUCACAGAUCGGUGUCGAGAUCCAGGCAAUGAACGUGGUAUGCCGACAGUUCCAUGUUCAACAGUAUGUGUAUCAUUACUGGAACCUGACAUAGAAGCUGGUGUAUUUAUCGGCUAUAAACACAUACGAGGAUGUAUGGAUCGAGUUUUGCGGCACGGUUUCAAUCAAACCGCUCUUCGAACACAUCGAUUUCAUCAUCAUAAUCAAUGUCGGACCUUAUCCCGAGCAUCCCUCUUCAAUCCAGCUAGAGCAAGUGACCCACCAGCGAUUGGAGAUGUACAGCUUUGUAGCUGUUAUGGUGACCGGUGUAAUGGCAGCAAUCCGGCUGCCAUUUCAAGCACUUCAACUGCACUGGUUUUAACUUUGAUAUUAGCCUGGAUUUUGCAAUAG